UUUCCUAGACAAGUCAGUUAAGAACAAAUUCUUAUUUUCAAUGACGACCUAGGAACAGUGGGUUAACUGCCUGUUCAGGGGCAGAACGACAGAUUUGUACCUUGUCAGCUCAGGGAUUUGAACUUGCAACCUUUCAGUUACUAGUCCAACGCUCUAACCUCUAGGCUACCCUGCCGCCCCAUGUAACAGGGUUUAUUUUAUUGAGGCUUUUGCCUAUUAGUGACAUAUAAUGAGAAAAGACAGGGAAUCAAUGAUUUAUUAAUGUUUUUAGUUUUUCAUAUGAUUCCACAUCUGUUAUGUGUUAACUGUACAUUAUGGUCACAUCAAAUCAAACCAAAGUUUAUUUGUCACGUGCGCCGAAUACAACAGGUGUGUUUCACCUUACAGUGAAAUGCUAACUUACAGGCUCUAACCAGUAGUGCAAAAAAGGUAUUAGGUGAUCAAUAGGUAAGUAAAGAAAUAAAACAACAGUAAAAAGACAGGCUAUAUAUAGUAGCGAGGCUAUAAAAGUAGCGAGGCUACAUACAGACACCGGUUAGUCAGGCUGAUUGAGGAAGUAUGUACAUGUAGAUAUGGUUAAAGUGACAAUGCAUAUAUGAUGAACAGAGAGUAUCAGUAGGGUAAAAGAGGGGUUGGUGGGUGGUGGGUGGCGGGACACAAUGCAGAUAUGAUAAACAGAGAGUAGCAGCAGCGUAAAAGAGGGGUUGGGGGGGGCACACAAUGCAAAUAGUCCGGGUAGCCAUUUGAUUACCUGUUCAGGAGUCUUAUGGCUUGGGGGUAAAAACUGUUGAGAAGCCUUUUGUCCUAGACUUGGCACUCCGGUACCGCUUGCCAUGCGGUAGUAGAGAGAACAGUCUAUGACUGGGGUGGCUGGGGUCUUUGACAGUUUUUAGGGCCUUCCACUGAGACCACCUGGUGUAGAGGUCCUGGAUGGUUGGCAGCUUAGCCCCAGGGAUGUACUGGGCCGUACGCACUACCCUCCGUAGUGCCUUGCGGUCAGAGGCCGAGCAAUUGCCGUACCAGGCAGUGAUGCAACCAGUCAGGAUGCUCUCGAUGUUGCAGCUGUAGAACCUUUUGAGGAUCUCAGGACCCAUGCCAAAUAUUUUUAGUUUACUGAGGGUGAAUAGGCUUUGUCGUGCCCUCUUCACGACUGUCCUGAUUACAUCCUUGAAAUUGAAAAAUAUGUUAUCCUAUUUAAAAGUCAAAGGAUUUAGGCCUACUACAUCUGUGACAUGAACAGACCACUUGAAUGAACUUCUAAGUUAAAUUGCAGGAAACAUAAAGUCAAUAAAGAAUUCUAACUAGCAACAAAGAUGCUUUGCCUCUUCCUCUCUGUUAGCAAGUACAUUCCCCCAUAUGAACAGUACAUAGAAUACUAGCUAGCUAGCUACCAUUAUUACAUUAACCAACAUUAUCUUCGAUCUUAAUCAAGAUAUUGUGGAUGACUGACUGACAUCAAAAAUAAUAAUGGGUAGUCAUUAAACAAAUAUGCCAAGAAUACCAAUGCUACUAAAAACAAGUUAGAACAGUUAAUAAAGUUUCUAACGAGAAAUGUCCACCGAGUUGUGUGGACAUAGGACGAGCAGCUAGCUAUCUUCCCAGCUAAUUUGUAUUUGCUACCAGCCAGAAAAGUCAAAGCAGAGACGGUAUUUUGUAGCUAACUACCAAGUUACACUACCAAAGUUAUGUCGGUAAUUCAGUUAAAUGAAAAGAUGUAGCGUUAGCAAAAAGUCUCUCACCAGAACAGUGAACUCUGGAGUCACCGGUUUGUUUUUCAGACAGAGUCUGACUUCAACUCCAGUGAGGUGGAGGAGAACUUGGAGUUUGAUGUAUACUACAUCCUACAUUUUAAAACAUAAUUUCAAGCAAAAGUAUUUUUCAAUACUUAAUGUCUAAUAUGAUCAGUUGGUGGCUUUAACACUCAAAGAACACAACGAUCUUAAUCAGGAAAGAGUUCAACCUGGUCCUGGAACCCACAAUCCAACAAAGAACAAUCUAUGAACGUUCCUUUGUAGUACAUGUAGGCCUACCCAGUACCUGUACCCUUUGCAUAUGAGAUUAUGAAAUAAUGAUACAUAGAAUUUUGUGUUUGUCCUUUCCUCUCCUUCUAAAGGUAAGCAUGUGCCAGAGAAAGGUCGACCACAGGGAUGUGACCAGCGAUGGAGGUAGAGGGGUUGUUCCUGUAUAGGUAAAGAUGACGUUGCUGGCAGGUGAUGGCUCGGACUACGACUACAGCGCUCUGAGCUGUGCCUCUGAUGCCUCCCUCCUCCUCCUCCCUCAACCCCCGCCCCUGUCAGAGCAGGAGGCCCUCAAGGGGGCCUACUACAAACGAGCCCAAUUACUCACCAAUGCUACCUCGCUCUUCGCUACACAUAAACUCCACGUCAUCAUCAACGUGGGUGGGCUGCGUUAUCAACUACCCUGGACCACCUUGGAGGACUUCCCCCUGUCCCGACUGGGCCAGCUGCGCCUCUGCAGCAGCUUCGACGAGAUCAUGUGCGUCUGCGAUGAUUACGACAUCGCUCAAAACGAGUUCUUCUUCGACCGCUCGCCCUGUGCCUUCCGCACCAUCCUGACUUUCCUGCGGGCUGGGAAGCUGCGGUCCCUCAGGGAGAUGUGUGCCCUCUCCUUCAGGGAGGAGCUGCACUACUGGGGGGUCCCUGAAGAGAACCUGGAGUGGUGCUGCCGUCGCCGCCUCAUCCAGCGGGUGGAUGAGUGUGACGAGUUGGAACGGGCUGCCCAGGAGGACGAGGAGGAGGAGCUGAUGAUGGACACGGACAGCGGGCACCGUAGGGGUUCCACCGCCCUGGCUACGGAGACCCGGAUGGGACAUUGUAUGAACAAGCUGAGGGACAUGGUGGAGCGGCCCCACUCAGGCCUGCCAGGAAAGAUCUUUGCCUGUCUGUCGGUGCUGUUUGUCACCAUCACAGCUGUCAACCUGUCCAUCAGUACCAUGCCGGCUAUGAGAGAGGAGGAGGAGCAAGGCAAGUGCUCCCAGAUGUGCUACAACAUCUUCAUUGUGGAGACGGUGUGUGUGGGCUGGUUCUCCCUAGAAUUCACCCUGCGCUUCAUCCAGGACCGAGACAAACUAGCCUUCCUGAGGCGCCCUCUGAACCUCAUAGACGUGGUGGCAAUCCUGCCCUACUACAUCACCCUGGUCGUGGACAGCUACCAGGGGGAGAAGAAGCUGGGUUCGGGAAGUAGUUACCUGGAUAAGGUGGGCCUUGUGCUCCGUAUCCUCCGCGCCCUGAGGAUCCUAUAUGUGAUGCGACUGGCCCGCCACUCCUUGGGCCUGCAGACUCUGGGGCUGACGGCGCGGCGCUGCACACGGGAGUUUGGGUUGCUCCUCCUCUUCCUCUGUGUGGCCAUUGCCCUCUUCUCCCCGCUGCUCUACCUCAUUGAGAACGAGAUGGCCGCCACCCACGAGUUCAGCAGUAUCCCCGCCACCUACUGGUGGGCUGUCAUUACCAUGACAACGGUGGGCUACGGGGACAUGGUUCCGAGGAGCAUCCCGGGUCAGGUGGUGGCGUUAAGCAGUAUCCUGAGCGGGAUUCUUCUCAUGGCAUUCCCAGUCACCUCCAUCUUUCAUACGUUCUCCCGGUCCUACGUGGAACUGAAGCAGGAGCAGCAGAGGCUACUGCAAAGACGGACACACUUCCUGUUACGCAGGAGGAUGGGUGGGCUGGGAAGUAACAUGUCGCUGGAGAGUGACUACCCCAGCUGUGGCUCCACUAAGACCAGGGACCGGGAUGACUGAAGAGGAGGAGGAGGAGCAGGAGGAGCAGUAGGAGAAACAGUAGGUGGAGGAGGGAGAAUUAAAGGACACGAAGCACAGAGGGAAUAAAACAAAAGAGGGGUUAGGACUUGUCAACUUCAUCUGUGAACAGCGACCUAAAUGACUGUGGAUGAUGAGAGAAAGAAAUCAAGGACACAAAGCACAGAGACUACGGAGAGAAAAUCUGAGAGAGAAACAAAUAAGGGUUAAGAGGACCUGGCAAUGCUCUGCUAAAAAUGUUUUAGUUUAUUAUUCUUCUCUGGAUGAUGUCAUCUCUGUCUGCCAUUAUGCGUUAAUAGAGGCCAGAAAUAUUCCCAGAAACCAGAAGAUCUGCACAAUAACAGAAAGAAGAUUGUAAUGAAUCCUAUUAGAUCAUUGACAUUUUGCUGUAUAACAGUACAUUAUAUUCCAUAAAUGCAUAAAUCCAAAAUAACCUACAGUAUAAGCUAUAUGUAAUAUUUUAUUUUUAUUUAUUUUUUUUAUUUCACCUUUAUUUAACCAGGUAGGCUAGUUGAGAACAAGUUCUCAUUUGCAACUGCGACCUGGCCAAGAUAAAGCAUAGCAGUGUGAACAGACAACACAGAGUUACACAUGGAGUAAACAAUUUAGCAAUAUGUGAUUGAUUUCUUAUUCAUUUUUGUGUCUCAAUUGUGAAGAGUCCAGUCCAUAACCAUAUUUCUUAAGAGUUAGGUAUAUUGGAGGUGUAUUGGUGCUCAGCACUGUUAGGGGUUGCAUAUGCAAUUUUAUGUAUGAAACAUUGAAGAAACAUGUAUAUGUCCGUAGUUGUUGUGUGCUCCAUGUCUUGAAAAUGUAUUUCUAAAUAAUGCUGGCGGUUGCUAAAUAUUUACAACUGAA